ACUUUGAACCCAUCUCACGUCGCUAAAGCUCUCGCUGGAACCUCCGUGUUUACGGUCAGCAACACCAAUAACGAGUUCGUUCUCAUCUCGGAUCCUGCCGGCGACAAGUCUAUCGGUUUGCUCUGUUUCCGCCAAGAGGAUGCUGAAGCUUUUCUCGCUCUGGAUUCUCUAAUAUCAUGUUUCAGGCGCGCCUCCGGAGAAGAGAGUUGAAAGCCAAUGCUAAGGUUCUAUUAUAAGAUCAGUGAUGAUUUGGUUUUGUAUUGUAUCAGCUGGACAGAUUCAUACCAAACCGAUCAGCUAUGGACUUCGACUACGCUCACUACGCUCUUACCGAAGGAAACAAAGGUAAGGAUCAGGUAAGCUCACCAUCCAGAGAGGCCUACAGGAAGCAACUCGCUGAGACCAUGAACCUGAACCACACCAGGAUCCUCGCCUUCAGGAACAAACCUCUAGCUCCUGUUGAGUUGCUUCCCACCGACCACUCUGCCUCUCUUCACCAGCAACCCAAAUCCGUUAAGCCAAGAAGAUACAUUCCUCAGACUUCUGAGAGGACACUGGAUGCUCCUGACAUUGUGGAUGACUUCUACCUCAACUUGCUUGACUGGGGAAGUGCUAAUGUCUUGGCCAUUGCGUUGGGACACACUGUUUAUCUCUGGGAUGCUUCCACUGGCUCCACUUCUGAGCUUGUCACUAUUGAUGAGGAGAAGGGACCAGUGACGAGUAUCAACUGGGCGCCUGAUGGUCGUCAUGUUGCUGUUGGGCUCAACAACUCUGAAGUCCAGCUGUGGGAUUCUGGAUCCAACCGUCAACUGAGAACAUUGAAAGGUUGCCACCAGUCUAGAGUAGGAUCACUGGCGUGGAACAACCACAUCCUCACAACGGGAGGGAUGGACGGACAGAUCGUUAACAACGACGUGCGCAUCAGAUCACAUAUCGUGGAGACUUACAGGGGCCACACUCAAGAGGUUUGUGGCCUCAAGUGGUCAGGAUCCGGACAGCAGCUAGCGAGCGGCGGCAACGACAAUGUGGUACACAUAUGGGACCGUUCCGUGGCCUCCUCGAACUCGACCACGCAGUGGCUGCACAGGCUUGAGGAGCAUACGUCUGCUGUGAAGGCUCUCGCGUGGUGCCCUUUCCAGGCGAAUCUGCUGGCGACUGGCGGUGGUGGAGGAGAUAGGACGAUUAAGUUCUGGAACACUCACACGGGGGCUUGUUUGAACUCGGUGGACACUGGCUCCCAAGUUUGUUCGUUGUUGUGGAGUAAGAAUGAGAGAGAGUUGCUUAGCUCGCAUGGGUUUACGCAGAACCAGCUUACGUUGUGGAAGUAUCCGUCGAUGGUGAAGAUGGCUGAGCUCACUGGGCAUACGUCAAGAGUUCUAUAUAUGGCCCAGAGUCCAGAUGGUUGUACAGUAGCUUCAGCAGCAGGAGACGAGACUUUGAGGUUCUGGAAUGUUUUCGGAGUACCAGAGACGGCCAAAAAAGCUGCUCCAAAAGCAGCUCAUGAGCCGUUUUCUCAUGUGAACCGUAUUCGUUGAAGAAACUGUGAAGAAAGACUAACAACAAAGAAAAUCCCUUUCUUACAUAAGAAUGUUCUUAAAUUCAUUUUUUUUUUUGGGUUUCAUUCAUCAUGAACACACUGUGUAUGAUUUUAAACAUAGUGAGAUUAACUUCCUGCUUGUAUAGAUUCUAAAUAUAAAGAAAUUCAUUUUUUUUUCUCUGA